CCCCAGGGGAUUCCAGCACAUCAAACAGAGUCCAAUCUUACGGGGCCAGGGCAAAAAGAGAAGUCUUUUCCAAGACGUAAAUUACAAGAAGACACGGAGCUAAACACCAGCAUCUCCAUAUACUUGCUGGGUGUUAAUUUAAAAACAACAACAACAACAAAAACCUAGAUGUUCCACACAGAAAACUGAGGCUGCACAUUUCAUAAAGCGAAAAGGGGGCGGAGCCUGGCGGCCUCGCCCCGCCCCUUCCCGGGAGCCGCUCCGUCUGCUGCAGCAACGGGGCGGGGCUCCCGGGGCGGGGCCGCCUCCCGCGGGUCAGCUGAGCGGGCAGGGCGACCAAGUCCGGGAGCGGGGCAAGGCAGGCUGCCCUCUUCGCCCCGCGGGGACGCGCCGACAGGCCACACAAGAGGCGGGUAAGGAGCGCCGGGAGUCCCCGGGCUGGGGGCGCGCGCGUCGAAGGGCGUCUCUUGCUCGCUCGCUGCAGCCGCUCGGCGUGCGUGACGGGGCUCAGGUGGGCGCCGCCCUGUCGCAGAGCAGCCGCCUUCCCCCCAACUCGGACGGGAAGGGGCGCCCCGUCGAACUCGGGCGGCCAGGCGGCUUCAUCGUGGAGCGGGCGAGCGGAGGGCUGGCUGGCUGGCUGGCUGGCAGUUCCGCAUUCCUAUAGCCCCUCGCCUUCCCCGCCCCGCGGCUCAGCCUUCCCCGCCUCGGAGGACGGCUCUCUCCGCACGACGGCCUUCCUUCUCCGGCCGUCUGCCUGCCUGCCUCCGCGGCUCCUCGGGCGUCUCCGCCAACCCGGUCGAGCCGCUCGCCUUGUUUUUCCGGAACUGAUUUCCUCUGCUUUCGGGAAGUCAUUAUGUGGGCGGGGGAAGAGGAAGGGCUGCCCCCCCCCCCCGAGAUACGUGUGUGUGUGUGACACACGCGUGUGCGUGUGAAUGAGCUCGCUCUGCGUGUGCGCGCGCUCCAGGCGCUGAUGGGGAAGAGAAACCAGCGUUCUUUUCUGGCUCCCUGGAGCUGCUCCUCCUCCUCCCUCCUCUGGCUGGAGGAGCCCAUCAUGUGAUAGCGAUAAGGAAUCACAGGGUUUCUUUCAAUGGGGGCCUUCGGAGAGAUAGUAUUAGGCACGCACCGAUGUGUGGAUGGGCAUGUUGCGGACACCCGAGGCCGCGUAAUGCGUGGCAGCUCCUGCGGCGACACAUUUCCUGGAGUAGACGUGCUAAGGCAGCCACAUAGGCUUUAAACAGCAGCUCUUAAUGCUUCUCUGGCAGCAGUCUCUUGCGAUUUGGAGGAAUAUAGUUCAGGGCUGUAUACGCACAAUACAUUUAACGCCCAUGGCUUCCCUUAAAGAAUCCUUUGGAACUGUAGUUUUCCUCUAUGGGGCUACAAGUCCCAGCACCCUUAAACGGCAGUUCCCAUGAUUCUUUGGAAGAAGGCGUGUGCUUUAAAUAUAUGUUGUGUACUCUGCCCAGGCAGUUGCUCCUGCUUUUUUCUGGCUUCCUGUUCCUGCCUUCUGCCUUACCCCUCACCAGUGGGCAGCAGCGACUGCUGCAUGUCACUGGAAGAUGCAGUACUGGGUGGAGAGAUGAAAGGGAUGAAGGGCUAAAUGAAAAUACCAUUCUUGUGGUUAACCAUGCCUAUUGAAUGCAAUACCAGCUGUGCAUCUCUCCCCCCCCCCCACCCGCCCCUCUGCUGUAGGAGACAAGUGGCAGGGUGGGGAGGUUUUUAGUGAGUAAAGGAUGGAUGGCAGAAAGUUAGCCAGUCCCUUCUCCUCUUGUUCCUCUGUUCAAACUUGCAGCAUCCUGAAGCUGCUUUUGUUUUAAUAAGACAAAAUACACUGGAGUGGAGAAUUUCCUCCGGAGGCUUCCUCAUUUUAUGAAGAUGUGGUGAGAAGUUUUUGAAGCUGUGGCGUGAGUUCUUGCAGCUUUUGAAUGCUUGCAGAAGGGUAGUGACAAGUUGCUUGAAAAACUGGUAUGCAUCAAACUGCCACUGUCAAUGCAGUCUCCCUUCCUAAUAAAUAAUACAGGGUGGUUUUUAAAUCGUUUAUGGAUUGAAACUAAAUCUCAUUUGGGAACUAUGAAGCCAAAUGUUGGAAGAUUCAGGACAGAUAAAAGAAAAUACUUAUUCAUUCUGUACAUAGUCAAACUAUGGAACUCUUUCCUAUCAGUGGUCAGUGAUGGCCACCAACAUAAAGGUAAAGUGGUCCCUGACCAUUAGGUCCAGUCGUGGCCGACUCUGGGGUUGCAGCACUCAUCUCGCUUUAUUGGCCGAGGGAGUUGACGUACAGCUUCCGGGUCAUGUGGCCAGCAUGACUAAGCCGCUUCUGGAGAACCAGAGCAGCGCACGGAAACGCCGUUUACCUUCCUGCCAGAGCGGUACCUUUUUAUCUACUUGCACUUUGACGUGCUUUCGAACUGCUAGGUUGGCAGGAGCAGGCACCAAGCAAUGGGAGCUCACCCCGUUGUGGGGAUUCGAACCGCCAACCUUCUGAUCGGCAAAUCCUAGGCUUUGUAGUUUAACCCACAGCGCCACCCUCAUCCCCUUGGCCACCAACAUAGAUGGCUUUAAAAGAGGAUUUGACAAAUUCACGGGGGAGGGGGCUAUCAAUGGCUCUUAGCCAUGAUGGCUGUGUUCUGCCUCCACAGUUUGUGGCGGCAGUGUUUCUGAAUACCAGUUGUUGGAAACCACAGGAAGGGAGAGUGUCAUUGUGCUUGAAUUCUGCUUGCGGGUUUCCCAGAGACAUCUGGCCAGCCACUGUGAGAGCAUGAUGCUGGACUAGAUGGGCCUUUGGCCUGAUCCAGCAGGCUCUUCUUGUGUUCUUAACUACUUAGCAAGUAACCUCACAGAAUCAGUUGGAAGGGACCAGGAGGACCACUGAGUCCAGCCCCCUACAAUGCAGGAAUAUUUCACCCAACGUAGGGGUCGACCCACAACCCUGAGAUUAAGUCUCAUGCUCUACUGACUGAGCUAUCCUUGUUAUCUCAAGAAUGUAAAACAGAUGAGGUAUUGCUGACCGUGAGUCUAUAUCUUCAGUAGGGUCUGAAACAACAAAUGUUAUAAUUCAGUUAAAGACACUUCUUUUUCUUAAAGAAGGACAAAAGAAGGAUGAAAAUUGCCUAUGUAACACUCUUAUGUCUUCCAAGGUAUCUUGUGAAUGAUCUUAAAACUUGGAUUGCAUACAUCUAUAAAACAUCCCAGGAUCUGUCCAGUAUGAUGAACUGUUCUAAAAUAAAACUGGGCUUGUUGUACUUUUGGAUUGAACUGAUGGUGUGAACAUCUUUGAGAAAGCCUUUUAAGUGGCUGAGUUUACCAAUCUAUUAUUUUUCUUAGACUGCAGUUAUAUGAAAGAAAGAGCCUAAAUCUAGUACUGCAACUAUUUAAUUGCUUUUAAAUUCUCUGGCUCCUUGGAAGUCAUCUUUGAAAGUCCUAUCAAUUAUGCUUUGAAUCUAGUGGGGUGUGUAUCUUACCAUUGAUGGUACCUUACGGGUGCAGAGAAUUCUGGGAUGUUGUGCUCUGACCAUGGGGUUCCCAGUAAGAGAGGCAUUAACCACUAUGACCUUGUAGAGCAUGGGUCGGCAAACUAAGGCCCGCAGGUUGGAUCAGGCCCAAUUGCCCUCUGGAUCCGGCACGCGGACGGUCCUGGAAUCACUGCUUGGAUCGGCGUGAUCGUUCGGGCUGCGCCAUAUUUAUUUAUUUAUUGCAAUUUUUUGGGUGCGCCAUCCCCCCCCCACACACAUACACUGCAGUGGCGCUGCCUCCCUUCCACCUCCCUCCUCCUGGCUUCUCCCUGCCCUGCAGAGGAAGGGAGCUGGGCUUUGAGCAGCCAGCCAAUCCGAAGCCUUGCCGCCCGUGCGCUGGCCUCUCCAUCCAUGGCCGCUCUGUGAUGGCAGCAUUGUGGGGCUUCAGCUGGAGCUUGGCACGCCUGGCGUCCAGGAAAGCUGGCCCAGAAAGGAGAGGCACCGCCACCACUGCCGGCUCCCAACCGCAGGCAGAGCGGCAGAGGAGGUAGGAAAGCAGCGGGAGGGGAGGGGCUGGGGGAGAGAGAAAAGCCCCCCUCCAUCGUGUGUGUGCGCAUGCGUGCACGCAGUCCGGCCAAUGACAAGGUCUGAGGGGUGGUGAACCGGCCCCCUCCUAAAAAAGGUUGCUGUCCCCUGUUGUAGAGGAAUAACUGUCCCUACCCUCUAUUCCGAAUGUGUUUCUGUAGGAUGCUCCACCCUACUGCUUAGGGUUGCUAAUCGCUACUACUUUUGCAAAACAAUCUCAAAAGUUGGGCAACAGAGUAUCUUAAUCUCCCACACCCGCGUAGAUAUACUCCAGCAAGUUUCUUUUCACAGGAUAGUUAGGUGCACCACCCAGUCAUGCUAGUAACCAUAAAUCUCAGUGCAAGACUGUGGGACACUUCAGGCACCUUAAAGUCAAAUUGAAGAGGAAGUACCACCAGGUGUGUGAGAGAGGUGAUGUUGCAGUAAAAGGAACUGAAAGAGGAGUUAAAAAUAGAAUUGAGCUCUACAUCUUGAAAGUUGUCCCAUUGGAAACCAUUGGUAUUGCCCUGAACAUGGUCCUAAGCCUGGACUCCUGCUGGACUGGGCUGCCUUUCCACAGGGAUGGAUUUAGGGCAGUGCAACCAGUUCUGCUACACUGGACACCAAGCCUAGGGGGUGCCACAGGGCGUUGCAACUAUGAUGUAGUGAACUGAGAAGAAUGGAAGGUACUGAAUUUUGGCCUCACACAGGGAGUCGCUGAAAUUUGAAAGACCACAGCCCACUUCUGCUCUCUGUACCUGGCUUGAUGAUUCCAGACUAUUCCUGUUUGUCUCCUGAUCUUCUUGGAAUUCUUCCCAAGCUUGCUCUUCAUUAUCGUUACGUAUUUGUACCUGCUUUUCAGCAACAAGUCCUCAAAGUGGUUUACGAAUUACUGGUGGAGACCAUUUUAGGCAUGUCCAGUGGAUGCCUGAUUGCUGAUGUGUGGGUCCUUUUGGAUCUGGAAGAAGGCGGAAUGGGGGCAGGCUGGAACAGGGCAGGGUUGGGCACGCACAAGGAGUGGGAAUGGAACCCCUGCGCAAAAUGGUGGUGGCCUAUACAAGGUGGCUGACAGACGUGUUCUCAGUAAAAUUGUUUAUGAUCUCAGCCAGGGUGGGUUUUUAUGUAUAGAUCUUCUACCCUAGAGCAGAUGAUCACACUUCCAUGCCCUAUAAUUCAGUGGCCCCUUUACACAUUACAAGCAGUGUGGAGAGGUACUGUAGCUAUCCUGCUUGCCUCAGGAUCAUGUAGUACAUUGCUCUCAUGUUUGAGCACUGAUUGAGCACUGAAGCUUAUGUGCACAAACCUCUACAGGAGCUUAAACCCUGCACUCUCAGCUCUCGCAGAAGCUAAGGCCCAUAGAUAUCUACAAAUAUAGACUUUCCUCCGCAUUGCAUGGGAGAGUGCAUACCUUUCAUGCAAAAGAUCCCAAAUUAAGUCCCUAGCAUCUCCACAUAAAAUCCUAGUUUGAAACCCUGGAAGACGCUCAGUGUAGACUGAGUUAGAUGAACUAACAGUUUGAUUCUUCGUAAGGCAGAUUCCUGUGUCUCUACAGAAAUAGCACCAUUUCUGAUCUACUAUAGUCGUAUCUUGGUUCACAAACGCUUUCCGAGUCAAACAUUUUGCCUCCCAAACGCCAGAAACCUGGAAGUGAGUGUUCUGGUUUGUGAACAUUCUUUGGAACCCGAGCAUCCAGUGCGGCUUCUGAGGCUUCCAGUUGGCUGCAAGAGCUUCCUGCAACCAACCGGAAGCUGUGCCUUGGUUUCCGAACGUUUUGGAAGUCAAACAGACUUCCAGAAUGGAUUCCGCUCGACUUCUGAGGUACCACUGUACUUCCAUGUGUUUUCAAGAGAUUUGUGAUUUGAUGUACUCUCACGCCCUUUACAGCUAACGGGGAGUACAUGUUUUUUGUGCCUGUGUAUCAGUACCAGAAUGCAACACAGCAAUCUUUGCAUGACCGUGUGGGCCACUUCGCACCUCCAGUCCUCCUGCUGCUGCACCGCCAUGAGCUAAGCAGUGGUUUGGCUGAGUGUGUUGUCCAAAUCCUAGACGUUCAUGGUUUGUCUGCAGGAGACAAACCAUAAGUUCAGGUUCAGACAUCGCACUAAGCCAAACCAUGGUUUAACUCAUACCAUCAGGAGGACCAGUUCAGGAGUGCAGCAUCCAUGAUCUUCUCUGUGAAAACCUUCACUUGUGCACAUUCAUGCUAAGCCAUGGUUUGGCUUACCAUUACGUGCAAACCAGUUUUGUGCAUGAGAAGCUGGUUUGGCAAUUAACUGUGUCCUUAUCGUGGAGCUGUUUAUAUGAGAAAGUAAUUGCUAUUUCAUGCAACGUAGCAGAGAGUAGUUUCGAAGUAACUGUCUUUUAUAUACUUUCAUACAACGUAGCAAAAAGCUAUUUCAAAAUAACAGUUUGUGUUAAAACACUGGGAUAUCUUUAUGUUGAGAGAACAUUUAAAUGUUGGUCAGGACUCAGGAGGCUUUGUGAGAAUUCCUGGUGUAACAAUGGGAAAACGUGAGCAGAGGAAGUUCAGUCUUAUUGUUAUGAUCUGCAUUUAUUUGUAUGCUGCCUAUGCUCUCAUGACACAAAAUCAUAGAACUGUGAAAAAGUUACAUAAUUCACUAAGUUACAAAAUAUAACAAGUAGUUAAACAACAAGUUAAUGAAAACAUCUCAUAAAAUGUACUAUGAAAUUAAUUCCCCUUAUAAUAUGUUAUAAGAUCUAGCAAUAUUCCAAUAACAUUAAAAAAAUAAUAGCUCACCUCCAAAACGAAUGUCCUGCUGUUCCUCCAAGGGACUUGGAAAACCAUCCAAAUGAUUCUGUGAACAUGGUCUACAAUCCAAACAGCUUGCACUGUCAUCUGCUUAGCUUCACAUAAGUUUUAGCCCUGCAACAUCUGGAGGGCCACAAUUCCCCAUCCCUGACCUGUGUCUUCAGGCUAUUCUCUCUCAAACUGUUCCUGCAUCUAGAGCUUUUGUGCAUCUCUGCACAGCUCCUAUUACAAGAUGGAGGUGGUAGUGUAGUGAAAUAGAUGGUCCAUGGGGUUCCUCUCGCUGCUUACUCUGGCUCUUUCUGUAAUGUCUGAGGCUGCUCAUAAAAUGAAAGGCAUUGUCACCUUCAUUGCUGUGCUUUAACAAAAAGUAAUCCAUUGCUCUUCAGGGCUUUGAAGGCAACCUCACUCCUCGCAAAGCCCUUGGUCCUAGAUACAGGUACCAGAACUUUUUGAGCUUUUUUAAGGGGAUAUCUCCCCUGAAAAAGCUUCUAUUCUUACGCCGCCACUACCCACAGCCUCUAUAAUGCCAUGCUGCCAUGCCAUCAGGCUGAAAUGCUAAAGAGGUGCUAGCACUCACCAAAGAGGUGCCAGAACCCAGUUCCAGUAAGUUCCGGCUGAAAAAAGCCCUGCCUAGAAUUAUAUGGGGGAAAGAACUAUACUGCCAUGUGAUUUGGGGAUGGAGGAGCUGGCUUAUGGGUGAGUGUUUAUUGAAAUCACAUUUCAACUCAGGAGUGUGAGAAGAUGCCCAUUAUUCCUCCUCCACACAGAGCUGAUUCACAGCCCCUAUUUUUACUCUCUUUUUUUCCUUCAUGGAGUUUAAAGGACAGAAUAUGCUUCCCACUUUUAUUAUUUUCACAACAAUCCCAUGAGAUCAGCGAAGGAUGGUUACUGCUCAUAAUUAUCCAGCAAACUUCAUGGCCAAACUUCCCCAGCUCAAGUUGAUAAUUUUAUCCACUCGUAGGGAAUUAACACAAUAGUCUAUAGAGUGUCUGUCUUGAUUCAUAUAAGCUGCAAGCAAGUUUGUCUGGAUGUGGAAACUGGCAUUCUCUGUGUUGACAUCCUUCCAAAGUCGCCUCUUUUCUUCUCUACUUCCCCUUAUGUAUCAGCAUUACUGGCCUACAGUGUAGUUAUAAACAGAGUUAGCCAGAUGUCUUAAUUGUGCUAUAAACCUCUUCUUUACUGCACUUUUGGAUUUCCUUCCUAGCCUUUCAAAAUCUAACUCACUCUGCAGAUCAUUCAAAGGAAAUAGGAGGUACCAUAGGAAGGGUGAUUAAAAAGGGUGAUUAAAGUUUUACUUGAACAUUUGAGUUUUUAUGAUGCAUUUCCCUAUUAUGUGUAACGUCUUAAAAAAGAUAUUCUCCUUAUAUUUUCAGGUGGCAUUAUUGGUGAAUCUUUUGUUUAUGACCUAGUGUGCAUCGUCCCAAUCGGCCAUGGCGUACAAUGCAGGCAUCGCUGGGGACCCUAACCAGUUAGCACAACGCAUCACUUCCAAUAUCCAGAAAAUCACACAAUGCAGUAAGUUCCUUAAAGCUAUUCCUAUUUACAAAUGUUCCUGUCCCUAUAUCUUUUAUUUUUGUCAUGACAGGUUUAGGAGCUUUGGGUGGAAUCCAGUGUUUUCCAAGCAGACUUCUGUUUCUCCCUCUCUUCCUCCUAGCCUCUGCCCAGAGGACCACCCAAUACUUCGGACCAGAUUUUGGGUGGAGGGGCGGUAGCAUGGAGGAGACAGAGAAAGUCUCAUAGUACAAGCAGUCAUCUGUUCCACUGGCAGAUAGGCACAGUAUAUUGCCCUUUAUUGACGAGAUCCUUAACAUCUCAAGGGUUUGUGCCAAUAUUAGUUUUAUGUCAGUUUUUAAAAUUCUGGACUUUGUUAGCAAAACCUUCAGCAGUUCUGCAACUAUACUUCAAUAUCUGGUUUCAGGACCUAGUCAUGAAUUACACACCUUAACUAUCUUAUCUGAAGUCUGUUGUACAUGUUCUGGGUGGUGAAGGAUUGAAUUCAGAAUGGCCCAGUACUAGGAAAAGGCAGCACAGAAUUGAAUGGUGUGGAAAGGUGUGUCUAAAAACAAUGUACCCAAAUGGUCUUCAAAAAUCCUCUGUAAAUAUUGCCUGCUAUGAGAGUACUUUGGUCAUAAGGCUAUGUUUUGAAGAAAAACUGUUAUUGCUGGUUUGCAUAAAUAUGUUGGUAAGAUUCCCCCCUCUGCCAUAUUAAACUGUUGUAGAAAAGAAGAAAUUGGAAGAGAGUACUGUGGCACCUUAAAAUACAUCUUAAUGUCACAUAGAUUUUCAUGGACUGAAGUCCACUGGGCCAGAUGAAUGUGGAGGAAAAUUCAUCCCUUUGAGAAUGGUGCUAGAGAUCAUGAGUGACGCACCAUUUGCAUGUACAUAUUGUACUUCUAUUAUUGUUGUUGUUGUUGUUGUUUGCUAAACAAGUUUAGUUUUGGGAUGAUCUUAUCAAUGCAUACCAACUGAUUAUUCUUCAGCUGUGAGCAGGUGUCUUGAAUCCUCAUUAAAUUCCAUACUGUAAUUAUUGUUGUGACCUUGUUAAAUAUAUGUGCAGCAAGCUCCAAUGAAGCAUGAUGAAGAGGGCACUUUCUGGUUGCCGUGCCCUUGCUUCUCCUUUAAACGAUUAGGAGCUGUAUCUGCUGACUUAUCUCUUCCUUCCUCCUCCCUUACUUUCAUCAGGCAUCCUUUGUACUGGGCCACUUAUAUUUACUCAUACCGCUGUAAAAGAUUCACAACGUCAUAAUCCUUGUGUGUCACAACACACAGCCUUCUGUAGAACUGUGUGUCGAGCCACACCUUCAGAAACAGUAGCUAGUAAAAGCCCUUCUAUAUGCGUUCAGAUGUUCUUCCAUCUGAAAAUCCUUUCGAUAAAAAGCUAGCAUGCUGGGGAAAAUGGUAGGCCUGAGGCUUUCUCCCUCACGUGCUAAUUUUGGAUAGGCAGAGUGUUAUUGAUGUGGGAAGCAUUCAGUCUUCGCCACUAAGUCAUGGUAAGAAAUCUAAUUCCAAAGAACAGUUUCAGACUCUUUCUGAAUGUGUGGAUUGCCUCCUUCCCUUUCUCAUAUGCCUUUUCCUCAGGGGUGGGGAACCAUUAUAUUUAUCAAGGGCUUAAUUAUUUAUUUGAUUGAUUGAUUGAUUGAUUGAUUGAUUUAUAUAUUGCCCUUCAUCAUAAGAUCUCAGGGCGGUUCACAGAAUAAAAUGCCAGAUAAAAACAUGAAUGUAAGGAAAACAAAACAGCAAAACAAUACCCCCCCUUAUACUUAUACUACUACUACUACUACUACUAAUAAUAAUAAUAAAUUAUUAUUUAUUAUUUAUACCCCGCCCCUCUGGCUGGGUUUCCCCAGCCACUCUGGGCAGCUCCCAACAGAAUAUUAUAAAUACAAUAAAACAUCAGUCAUUAAAAACUUCCCCGAACAGGGCUGCCUUCAGAUGUCUUCUAAAAGUCAGAUAGUUGUUUAUUUCCUUGACAUCUGAUGGGAGGGCGUUCCACAGGGUGGGUGCCACUACUGAGAAGGCCCUCUGCCCUUCUCACAGAGACAUUUAAAAGGCUGUAGAAUAUUAAUCAGCCCAAGGCCUGGUUCAAGGGCAACAUUUUUGCCUCUUCUGUAAUGAAGACGCCAGGCCAGUCUCUCAGGGGAAAGGCAUUCCACAAACAGGGAGCCACUACAGAGAACAUCCAUUCUCAGGAUCUCACAUGGAGGAGGCACAUGAAGAGAGGCCUCAGAGUUCAGGACGGUUUAUAUGGGGAGAGGCUAUAUUCUCUUGGGGGUAAUGUGCUACUGGAGGGGGGGUUGUAUUAUGGUGGGUGGGAUCACCUGCUUUUCUUUUCCUGGCUCUCAUUCUGCCACGCCACCUUCUCAGUGCUGCUGGGGAAGAGACAUGAAGACAGCUUGAGGGCAAUAGGUUUCCCCCUCAGGCUUUGCUUAAAUGACUGGUGGCUGCUGCUACAUUUGUGUUCUCUCUGGCACAUACAAGCUUCUUCUACCAGUUUGACUCAUCUUGCUUUAUGUGGCAAUGCCCAGCCCCUUGGGAGGUUCCCCACUUGUGUGUGAUGAAAUGCUGAAAGGGAAGGGAAACCACAUGGGAAAGAAAGACUCUUGUGCACUUAUGGUUGGGCUGGCAGGGCAGAUGCUGUAGAACUGGUAAAGAUGAAAAAGAGAAUUAAGCACUAAAAGAGCUAGGGGUGGGAGCAUGAUGCUGCUUGGAGCUGCUUCAGAACAUUGGCAAUUGAUGAAAUGUGCAUAUUACUUCAUUAUAAGAACUGAAACAGCCGGUUAGAGGGUGCCCCAAGUUUUAAACACUGAGAUGCUUAAUACUAAAAUAAAAUCUUGAAAUGGGAGGAGGCUUCAGAGGGGAGAUCCCUGAGUUGGAAAUGAAAGGGAGUGAAGAGCUUGUCAUCCAUUUCUUUCUCUGCAAAAUUGGUAGAAAGCAUGGAAAUUGCAAAGCUCGCAGUGGGAGUACUUCUCUCAAUAAUUUAUCUUUGGGGUUGUCUCAGUUCAUAGGUUCCUGUGCUGAACUAGAGACUGAAUUGCCAAAUAGUGCUUCUUCCUGAUUUCCUGCCCCUUUUCCGCUUCAGGACUCUGGUAUCGCCAAAGUCCUUGAAUUGAAAGACGGUGAAUGAAUGACUGCUAGAAAGUGGGAGGCUCCUUAAACUCUGUCAACAUCACAAUCUCUUUAACCUUGGUAGCCUAAUCUGUUAACUUCUGAAGCAUUUUGGUUGGAGCUAAAUUCACAUUGGAAUGCUGUGUGGGUCAAGGGAGGAGAAAAUAAAUUACUAGUACUAGGAAUUUUAAUCACUGCUCUAGCACCCAGACUAGAUUAUUACAAAGGUUUUACCUUAAUGACUAAACAAGACAAACAAGUUCUAAUGGUGUAACUUGUUUCUCUUUAAUUGGACAAUUGUUUUGUCAGGUGAUACGUCAGGCCUAUGCGAUGUGUAAGGAGUUCAUUAUAAUGCAAGUUUUAUUUUCAGGUAGCGAAUGCAAAGUUCUUGUGCUUUGGGCAUAUAAUUCAGUUCUUAUUUAAUGCAGUUCUUAUUGAAUGCAUUUUGUAUCAUUAACCAGAACUAGAACUGCUUAGCUUUUGCAAAUAGGCUGCAUGAUGUGCUAUGAGGCUAAACCCUGGAGUUUCUGGUUGUAAUUUAGCAUAAUAGACGCUCCAAAUUAUGAGGUAAAGGCCGACACUUUUUCUUUGAACCUGCUAUGUUGAUUGCAAAACUGGGGCGGUUAUCUUAUUUAAGGUGACUUUUGUGCAGUGAUUUGAAAGAAUAAUAAAGCACCUACAUUUGACUGUAGUCAAAAACUUCCUGUAUACCAUUUUUCUCCUCCCAUUCCACCUAAUGUAGGUUGAAUCGUACAAUAGAGCAGUGUCCUUCAAUCUCAGGUCCCCAGAUGUUGUUGGAUUGUGACUUCCAUCAUCCAUAACUAUUAGCUACUAAGGUGACUGGGGAUGAUGGGAGUUGUAGUCCAACAACAGUUGAAUUUAUUUAUAUACUGAAUCUAUUUAUUGAAUUUAUGUCUUGCCCUUCCUGUAGAAGAAGCCCACUCCCAAAGAAUGCUGCAAUAAAGGGCAAUUCCUUCUUUAGCUGAUUCCCGUUCACUUCACUGAAGAUUCUUCUCUGUGGAGCUUGAUUAAAUUGUAAAAAUAAAUCUGAAUUAUAGGACCAUUUUCAGCCAGAAAAUAAUACAUAAAUCUGGUAGAACAGGAAAACCCUCUAUGCAAGGAAGGGUUUGAUAACUAUCUCCUAUGUCCUAGGUGACUGACAGACAUAUAUGUGGGCAGCUGGGCUAGAGGGGGAAAAUGUGGGUUAGUAACUCAGAUAACUGAUGGAUAUCUGCUUGUCUAGAGGGCACUUUUGCCUCCACCCGCCCCAAGUUGGCUUCAGCACUCUGUGCUAAACUGGUAGGAGGAAAUACAGAAGGAAAGAAAAGAGAGCAGUUGGAAUGGAGGAGGAACAUGCUGAGAGAGGCUGUUGAUGACUGCUCUCCAUGGCUGAGAUCAACAGGGACAUAGUUGGGCCCUGUCAGAGAAAAAACAUGUGCUUGCUGUUUAGAAGAAGUCUAUGGUUUCAAAUUGAAACUAGAAGGCACAGCCCCACUUUUGCAAGCUGUUGACAUUUAGCGGAGGAGAAAGAGAAGGUCCAGAACCUGUUUGUACUAACAUAUAUAUUUAUUUUUAAUGAAAUGAGGUCAAGAGAAAGGAAAAUGCAAAACAAGUGCAUUGGUAAGCCCUGCCACAUGUGUGUAGUCAUAAAGGCCUGCUCUUUAUAGAGCACCGCUGAAAAACUUUAGCAACUUGUUGCACAAUGCAUCCUGCAGAGGGCAGUAUUGGGUAACUUUUCUAAGCUAAACUUUGCAAGAAUCCUAGGUGCUAAAAUUCAAGCAUAAAGAAAACGAUAAGAUGUAAGAACAUGAUAGCUCAUUGGCUUUAAAAUGAUCUUUCCAAUUAAACUUCGGUUGUCUAAAGUCUUAAUUAACUUGGUCUGCCCUAACUAAUUUUUAAGUUAUGUUGUUGCUGUUUGAUCAAUUUAGGACAUGAACAAAGAGAGUAUUGUAGCUAUGAAAAUAUCGUAGAAUUGUAGAGUUGGAAGGGACCCUGAGGAUCAUCUAGUCCAACCCCCUGCAAUGCAGGAAUAUGCAGCUGUCCCAAACGGGGAUGGAACCUGCAACCUUGGCAUUAUCAGCACCGUGCUCUAACCAACUGAGCUAUCCAGGCUGAUCAGAUGGAAUCUCUUCCUUUUGGAUUUACCUAGUAUUUGAUUAUGAAAAUGACUUGGUAUUCCGUUUCAGUCCAUGAACUUGGUGUUUUGCGUUAACAUGGUAGCGACCCUCUAGCAUAGAUGUGCAAGGGGUUACAUAGGCAAGAGUUGAUAGGAUCAUCUGCUCUAUGUGGCAUUCAGGGCACUCACUCUGCAUCCUGUGUGCUAAAUGCAAGGGGUUCCCUGUAAGCCUUUAGCGCCUACAAUAUACAGUGGUACCUCUGGUUAAGUACUUAAUUCAUUCCAGAGCCGUUCUUAACCUGAAACUGUUCUUAACCUGAAGCACCACUUUAGCUAAUGGGGCUCCUGCUGCUGCCGUGCUGCCGGAGCAUGAUUUCUGUUCUCAUCCUGAAGCAAAGUUCUUAAUCUGAAGCACUAUUUCUGGGUUAGCGGAGUCUGUAACCUGAAGCGUAUGUAACCUGAGGUACCACUGUAGAAGAUCCACAGCGACAAACACUUUCCUGUUAGUGAAUUAGGAUGCUUAUGUCAGUUCAAGAUGGCCAGCAGGUGGCAUUUAUUCGUAACAUGUGCAGGUGAGCUGUAUCCCUAUUCUAACCACAUUUCUUUGUAACUAGGAUUCAUUCUGCACAUCUCAAAGGGCUUUGCACUUGUGCCUUGUGGAACAGUAAAUGGCUCCUAAAAGUCAGCGACUUUAUGAAUGGAUAUCAUGGCCACUGAGUGCGUGAUUUCCUCAGCCUGACUUCCAACUUGCUGUACUAAUAAUGGCUGAGACAUGGGAAAUGUAGGUUCAAAUCCUGCUCAACUGUUCGUAUGCUGUAUGGUUGAAUGAGGGUAGUAAGAUAGUACUGUUCUCAACUUUGGCUCCACAUACUGAAUGAGUGUGUGGCUCACAACCCAUGGGCUCCACCCCUGACACCUGUAUGUCUGGAACAUAGGGGGUUGCUUUGUCGAAAGUCAGACCAUUUGUCCAUCUAGUCAUAUUGUUGAUAUGACUGGCAAUGACUCUCCAGGGUUUUAGGAAGAGGACUGGAAAGACUUGGGGUUUUUUGGGGGGGGAAUCCAAAGGGCACCCAGGAUAUUACAGGGCCCACUAGCUUAUCUUCCCCUCUGAGUGAAUUGAUUUGAAGCAUUCUUUCAAAGAUAACAUUUAUCAAGCAUAUAGGUGGACAAGAAUUAACAUAGUAUCUGCAGAGGCAACUUCUGUCUCAGUAGCCUCUAGGAGCUAUUUGCCUCCACAAGCAAGUAGAUGGGGAUGAUCAGGUAGUCACUAGUUAAUAUUGAUAAGCUUAGAAAUCGCAGGCUAAGAGGAGAAAUAACCUUAUGAAUCAGUAACUAGCUAAAGAACAGCCAGCAGAGAGUAGGAAUAAGCAAAUGUAAGAAGUGGGCUGCUUCCAAGGAUUUAUAUUGGUUGCCAGGGCUUUUAAUUCAUUGGUAAAUAAUCUGAAAUUAGGGGUGAGCAGCGAGGUAACCAAGUUUACUGAUGACACCAAUUUAUUUAAGGUGGUAAAAUAAAAUAAAACAGUGAUAUUGAAGAGCUCCAAAGAAAGAUCUCUCCAAAUUGGGGAAUCAACAUUAAAAUGGCAAAUGCAGCAAGUAUAAAGAGAUGUGCAUUGGGGCAAAAAUAAUAAUAAUCUCAACUUCAAAUAUAUGCUGAUGGAGUCUGAGCUGGUGGUUACUGACCAAGAAAGGGAUCAGGAAAGGGAUUGUGAUUGUGGAGGAUGGUUCAGUGAAGAAGGUGAAUUCCGUUUGGGGAAAUCAUUAGGAAGGGAAUUGAAAAUGAAGCAGCCAAUAUAAUAUUGCUUUUUAUGCACAUGAUGCAGCUACACUUGAAAUAGUUUUGGUCACCACACCUAAAGGAUAUUGUAGAGCUGGAAAAGCUGCAGAAAAGGGCAAGCAAAAUGACCAAGGGGUGUAGUUAAAUUAUGGAAUUCACUGCUACAAGAUGUGAAGAUGAUUCCCAACUUGAAUGACUUUUAAAAAGGGAUUAGACAAAUUCACGUGGGAUUUUAUCAAUGCAUGUAGUCAUGGUGACAAUAUAUUAACUCCAAUGGGAUGCGGGUGGUGCUGUGGUCUAAACCACUGAGCCUCUUGGGCUUGCUGAUCAGAAGGUUGGUGAUUUGCAUCCCCACGACGGGGUGAGCUUCUGUUGCUCUGUCCCAGCUCCUGCCAACCUAGCUGUAUGAAAGCAUACCAGUGCAAGUAGAUAAAUGGUACCACUGCGGCGGAAAUGUAAAUGGUGUUUCAGUGCGCUCUGGUUUCCAUCAUGGUGUUCCGUUCCGCCAGAAGUGGUUUAGCCAUGCUGGCCACAUGACCUGGUAAGCUGUCUGUGGACAAACACUGGCUCUCUCGGCCUGAAAGUAAGAUGAGCACUGCAACCCCUUAGUCGCCUUUGACUGGACUUAACUGUCCAGGGGUCCUUUACCUUUACCUAUAUGACCUCCAGUAUUGAAUGCAAUAUGCUUCUGAAUACAAGUUGCUGGAAAUCACACAUUGAGAGAGUUCUCUUGCACAUAUAUCCUGCUUUUAGGGUUCCCAUAGGCAUUUUGUUGUGGAAGAGCAUGUUGGACUAGACAGGACGGACAAAAGGUGCGUUGGGGCUCUUGAAAUGUUUUAAGUUUAAAAACAUGAUUUGAAAGGCUUUCGUUUUCAGCAGUUCAGCUGUAACAUGAUCUUUUUUGUGUACGUGUAUGUAUAGCUUUGCUUUUGAAAACUUCGCUGAAUUUGACCUACCACAGCUCUGUCAACUGGUAUAUGUUUCUGAAUUGUCAAUUAGAGAUGCAUGAAAUUGUGGUGGAAAUGUAUCAUUUACAAAAACCCUCUUCCUCUUUUUGCAAACAGCUGCAGAAAUACAAAGAGUACUGAAUCAACUUGGAACGCCACAAGACACGCAUGAAUUGCGGCAACAGCUGUAAGCGCUUCAUGAGAUGACCUUCAUUUAACUGCAUUGUAGAUAGCCUCUCAAUAUGUGUUCCUGUCUUACCCAAGUGCUCUGCGUCUUUGAAACAUUUGAGAACAGAAAAGGAGUGUGGGGAUAAACCAACAUCUUAUCUGUAUGUUGACUUGUUAAUCCUCCAAGUUGCAUUGUUGGCACUAUUAAGCACCCAGAUGGUGUUGGAAGCAAGAAUGUACAGAGCCAACAAAGCCCACUGAGGUUCUUUUAAAAGUUCAAACCACUUUCAUGUUUGCUACUUCCGGCAUUUUGGAAAUAACUCUUAGGCUUUUGACAACGGUUUCAGCAAGUUAGGUUUUGUUAAGUGAUGCAAAAGUACAGUAUAGUAUAGCAUGAAAUCAAAAGAAGGAAUGUAUUCCAAAAUAACUGCGAAGGAGAGAGAGAAAGAAAGAAAGAAAGAAAGAAAGAAAGAAAGAAAGAAAGAAAGAAAGAAAUUAGGAAUGCAUUGUUUCUACAGUGUGAUGUUGGCAAGUGUCACUCAUGCACCAGAAGGUUAUGUAGAUUAUCAAAUGUAAUAUUUAGAUUAGCCUGAAGCCAUAUGAUUAUAGAUGUAUACAGUCCUGUGCCUACAGGUUUUUAUUGGUGGUUUCUACAGAUCUUAGUUGUUAAUAUCGUUUGUGCCCCUGCUCAUUAGUGAGAAAAUUGCUGCAAAUAAUAAUAGAAUCUCCUGAAAGAGGGGUGUUGGGCAUAUACAUGGACACUAAAAGAGCUAGCUUUGCAGUUAAUAUCACUGGGCACGCUACCUUACGCCUACCAACUUCCACUUGGGCCUGAUUGCCAGUACUUUGUCCAGAUUUAACUGGUAGAUCAGGGUGCCUUGUGUUUUUUAAAACAAGAAGAGUUUACUGCAACUUGUUCUCUAGCUGGCCUUUUUCUUCAAUCGACACAGGAGCUGUUGAUUAAGGAAUGCUUACAGUAAUCAAGUACAUCAUGUUGCUACUCAAAUCAUGGUUCUACAUUAGAAUAUGUUCUUUUCCUUAGAAUUAACUUGUGAUCAUAAUUCCGGGGGGGGGGGGGAGAAUUUUACUCUUAUCCUUUUCCAAAAAAGAAUAUGUAAGCCUCCCCCUGAACAUGGUGUUAGUCAUAAUUUAAAAUGUUUUCUCUCUUUCCCCUUCCCAUAUUAACUAUUUACAUUUUAAAAUACCGAAUCUACUUUUCAUGGCCCAUCUAUCAACCUGUCAGACAAUGCAAUCUUUAUCAUUUAAGUACUCAUUUAAAAAAAAGAAAAAAGAUUUAAAGCAAAGUUUGGUCCACUACUUCUCAAUUCUUCAUUCUUGGUUUCUACAGAAGUGGAACCAGCAGUUAUUUUGCAAAUAUUAAAUAAUAUAUGUGCCUUUCCUGAAGGUUUAUUUCUAAAGAUAUUCAGCAAUGGAGUAAAAACGUUGGUUAAGUAAUCCAGUCACUCAGCUAUAACUUUCUAUUUUAGGCAGCAGAAGCAGCAGUAUACAAACCAACUUGCCAAAGAGACAGACAAAUACAUUAAGGAGUUUGGAUCUCUGCCUUCAAUAAGCGAGCAGGUAUCAAAAUGUUUUUUUAUUUUUUUAAAAGAACCCCUAAAACUGCCUUUUUCAUUUCUGCCAUGUGUGUUUGAAAACAUUUUACUCCUGAGGCAUAUCAAGCAAAAUACAUUAAUGGAUCUUGGUUUGUAGUAUAAUUAAGAGGCCAAGUAUUUUUUGAACUACUAGGAUUAUAGGAUUUACUUUGGUACAGGCACUUGGAUUAUGAUCAUUUUAAUCAUUUUGACUGCAAUCCUGUGCACAGUUAGGCUGCUUAAAUCCUAUUGACUUUACUGGGGUUUAAGCAGUCUAAAUAUGUGCAGAACUUGGACAUUUUUGUCUUAACUGUGAGUGUGCUUGUAUGGUAUUAUAUGGGGAAAUGAAAUUAACAUUCAUUUCAGGGCAAUUGUCUUUCAUUCUUAUGAACAGCCAUUCUGACAAAUAGCUUAUUAUUUUCUCAUUAUUCCAUCAAAAAGAGUACAGGUCUGCCUGUGUUUGGCUUUGAGGAAGGAAUAAAAGCAGAGGAAAUCCAGCACUACUUCAUUGGUGGGGAACCUGUAGCCCUCCAGAUAUUGUUGGAAUACCACGGACAUUAUCCCUGAAUGUUGGCCAUGCUGGCUGAGGCUGUUGGGAAUUGGAGUCCAACAAUAUCCAGAGAGCUGCAGGUUCCCACUUGCUCAAAAUAUGUGCAAUUAUAUAGCGUUCUCCUUCAGCUUCUUCUAUAUCGUGUUAAAAAUUGAGGCGUCGUCAUGUUAACUCCGGGGGAAAUUAUUUUGCCAGUCAUCUCACCAUUGUCAUACUGGUGGCAUUUUUAUGUUACAGGACACACAGCACAAAAUUUCUCUCAUAGAGUAGUGCUUAGGUGGGGCACCGCUGGUUUAAAUGACUGCCUCUCUUGCCUCUUUGUCAGAAGCUAGAACCCAGCAUGGACUAGGGGAUAGCUAUGGGGUGCCAAUUUUGAACUGUUGCUUAGCGAUGAAGCCCUUUACACUAUCGUUAAUGCAUAUUAAUUGCAGAUCUUUACUGUGGGUCCCAUUCGGGGAAGGGGUGUACAUGUGAUCCUGCUAUGGCAUGGCGCUACUUACAAUUGCUGUACUUGUCCACCUAUCUGUGCAAGUGCUGGACUUUCACUGCGAUCCAUUCCAAAGCCUUGAUGUGCAAGGCUUUGGCGUCAUAAAAAGCACCAUUCAGUGGCCAGAGGCUUUGCAAUAAUAAAAUGCCCUUCCACAACUUAGAUAAAUGUGUGUUCAUCACACUGUAUAGUUGAAAAGAGAGCGGGGAUGCAUUGAUGUAUAGAAUACUUUUGUCCAUAUUGCCCCUGACCUUACUUGUCUGCCUUAAUGAAAUGUGCAGUCAUAUAUGCUGCUUCUGUUCAGCAGCUUGUAGAAGACUCCUGCACUGAAUAAUAAACAAGAUGACCAACUCUGGGCCAGUUAAAUAACAACUGUACAUUAAAUUUAUCUCAUUUUAUCACGUAUGUAAUAUAUAUUACAUUUUGCCCCUUAGCGUCAGAGAAAAAUACAGAAGGACCGACUUGUCAAUGAGUUCACUACAGCACUGACGAAUUUCCAGAGGGUCCAAAGACAAGCUGCUGAGAAAGAGAGAGAAUUUGUAGCCAGAGUGCGAGCCAGCUCUAGGGUAUCAGUAAGUAUAUAGCAAUGUAUGUGUGAUGUUUCCAUUUACAGUUGUACCUUGGAAGCCGAACACCUUGGCUCCUGAACAAAUCGGCUCCUGAACGAUCAAAACCCGGAAGUUAGUGUUCUGGUUUUUGAACAAUUUUCAGAAGCCAAACGUCCGGUGCAGCUUCCGCAGCUUCUGAUUGGCUGCAAGAUGCUCCUGCAGCCAAUCAGAAGCCACACUUGGGUUUUUGAACGGUUCUGGGAGUCGAACGGACUCCCGGAACACAUUCUGUUCAAAAACCAAGGUACCUCUGUUUAAAUCUGUUUCAGUGUUUUAACUUUUGCAUGUUUUAAAGUAGGUUUGUAAAUCUUUAUUGGUUACACUGUUUUACCUUUUAUAAACCGCUUUGAGGGUUUUCUUUACAAUCACGUGGUACAUAAAUUUUAAAAAAAACAAAAUAAACAAAUUACAUAGAAUAAUGGAGGAAUCAGGGUAGAAUUCAUCAUUUAUCUACUCUAAUACUACUUUAGCAGUUAUCUCCAUAUUAGGAUGCAUAGUGAAAUGUGUGUUUCACAUGCAAUCAGUUGCUAAGCUCCAUUUGUGAAUGAAUGACAAGCUCUUGAAUUUCACCUGCAACAAAAAGUUGUGGCUUUUUAAAUUGUUAUUAUUAAAGCACCAGAUAAUCUCCUAGGGCUGCAAGCAAGGGUGGAGCUUUUUGGUCGGGGUGGAAUAGAACACGGGAAGCUUUCAUGUGGUCAGAGUUGGGUUUGAAUACAAUAGCAUGCAGGACCCAGAAGACCCUGUCAGCAUGCCUGAUUUUGUCAGCAUGUGGCUUUGCGGGCAAUUGCCUGGGGAACAUGGUGUGGUUUCUCAUGUUUGUUGAUCUGAAGCUGAGUGAUAUUUACGUGAGUAGGAAUUACCAUGUGAUACUCCAUAUAAUUGCAAACAGGUCUCAGCUAGUAGCAUCUACGGCAGUAGAAACUAGCAUAAAGGUGAAAUAAGCUUUUGCAAGAAUUGACACCCGAGGCUGGAUCUAGAAGCGUUUCAGUUUAAAGCAUUGUAAGUUUAAACAGGGAAAACAGGUAGAGAAAAACGGGACUUCACGUUGCCAUCUGGUGGCACAGUGUUAGAUCACACAUACAACACAUAUAAAUCACUUUUUCUUUACCUGUCUAGCUGAGUCCUAAGAUCAGUGCUUUUUUCGGGGGGGGGGGGGACAGACGCAGGGGUGUGCAUACCCCUAAACAUUUUGUGAAUCUAAGUUUGGCCUUAUUGAGGGGCAGCAUUUCAAUAUGAGUAGGAAAAUGAGAGUACCCCUAAACAUUAUUUUUUAAAGAAAAAAAAGCACUGCCUAAGAGAAUAUAAAUUCAUCCAUCUUAUUCUAUCAUGGCUGCUCUACUUUGUGCAUUAAAUAUUCCAUAACUGUUGGGUAUGGUAGGUAUGCAGAUCUAGCAGGGCCCAGACUACCCUAAUGUGAGCAAGAAGUUAAGGUGGUUGUAAGAAGUGUUAUGACACUGAAGUGGUCUUGCUUCUUUUCUGUUUUUACUUAUUUUUUUUUUGUGGGGAGAGACGUUGACUUGGAUCCUAAGAUGAGCUAAGUUAAAGAAGUUCACAGAAGGACGUCAUUUUUUCCCCUAGUGUAGAAACUUACACCUGCAAUUGCAUUACUUUUCCCCCUUCAGGGAGUGCUAAGGAUAUAACACAAAUUAAAUUGGGCUGAUCCAACUUUUCCUUUUUCCUUAUACCUUCUUUUUUGUGGAUGUGUCAUAUUGAAGCAGAUGUAAUUCCAUGCCUCAGAAUAAGUUGUUUUUCCAUCUCUUAACUUUGCAGGGUGGUGCCCCAGAGGAAAGCUACAAAGAAGGAACACUUGUGUCCUGGGACAGGUAGGAAGUGCUGUAAAACCUGACAUUGUUUCAUUUAUUGAAUUAAGUAAACUAAGUAAAAAAACUUUGCGCACACAUAAUAUUGCUAUAAAUUCUAAAAUCACUUACAAGUAGGCAAUAAAACCUGUUGAAGUUUUUUUUUAUGAGGUGUCAUAAAUGUGGUGCUUUCAUUGCCAAAGUGAGAUGUGAUCUUAAUCCUGCAUUGUUCUGUUAGAAAAACUUAACAGUUUUUAUAUGUAUUUUCUCUUAAGAGCUUCCAUUAAUGACUUUCACUCGGUGGGUACUGUGUGUGGUAUUCAAAUAGGUCCCAAAAUUUGGUUGCCAGUGGCAGCUAGCAAUCAACGUUCCUGUGUAAAGUAUAUUAAUUAAUAAUCUGCUUGGAUAUCCUGUGUGCUUUAACUUAUAGCCAGCCUCAGACCCAAAUACUAGAAGAAGAAAUCACAGAAGAUGACCUUCGUCUUAUUGAGGAGAGAGAGUCUGCCAUCAGGCAGCUUGAGGUGAGCAGAGGGCAAAGUUUAGAAAUGCACUCAGAUCAAGAGCGGAAUUUUCUUUCCUUAAUUUGACAGUCUAUUUUUAAAAAAAACUUCUCUUGUGGUAUUGGUUCUCCCUACCCCAGUAUUUGUUGCCCUUAAGUCUUGUGCUUCCAUGUCAUUGAUUGAAUGUCAGUUUCUAAAACCAAAGAAAAGGUCUUAUCCUGCAACACCUAGUGAACCAUGCUCACCAAAGUACAUCUAUAUUUCAGAAUUUUAAUUCCUAAACCAUAAAUGGAGUGAAACAGUGUCUAAGUAAAGAUAACGAAUUUUUUUGCUCAAUGGCACAGUCUAGGUCCACUUGAUCCUAUUGAUUUCACUGGAGGAAUUACACCUCUGAUUUAUCUAGCUAAAACAGGGAGACUAGAUUGUACCUUUAAAAAGACAUGGGUUGCACAGAGUUGAACACUUUGGUGUCUCGUUAACACAAAGAUAUCUGGACUGGAACUGAUUGUGGUUAUACCCUAAUUAAUUAGCUAAAACAUUCCAUAUGCAAACACAUGACAUCCAAUUUGUUUUCCAGAUAUGUUAAAGGUAGCAUGGUGAAUUUGUGUGUGCUGCUUGCUGUUUUGUGGUUUCGUAGUCCAACCAUCUCUUUCCCCCGACCAUUUGUCCUGUCACUUUUUCCAUUUUUUUCUACACGCUGCUGGGAGUGAAUUUCUGCAGUUGUGCUAAGUGUUAUUGGAGAUGUAUAAACAUGAACAUCUUCUGUGUUUACAGGCAGACAUUUUGGAUAUUAAUGAAAUAUUUAAAGAUCUGGGGAUGAUGAUUCAUGAACAAGGAGAUGUGAUAGGUAAGCAUAACAUUUGGGCACAGUAGCUGGAUUCAGUUGGCGUCUAGAAAUCUCCCAGUAAUUUGAUAAAAGCUAGAGUUAGCUGUUUCCCAAUCAUCUGGUUAGGCAAAAUUUGGCUUGUGAAGAAUCUAAAUAUGCCCAUGCGCCUUCUGGAUUUUAUUAACUGACGUGUAGCUGCCUUAUAUUUCAGGCUAAAAGAGAUACAAUAUGAAAUGUGCUCAAGGGGCUGUUCUGUUUUGUUGUGGGGAAAGUGUACUUCAGCUUGGUUUCUUGUAUUACAACUUACAUGGUUCUUGACAGCUUUUCAGAUUUCAAAGGAGCUGUGCCCUCCUAGGAUUAAAUUCAGAGCAUGUUCAGAAUGAAGAGUUGACAGAAAAAGCAUUAUGCAUAAGAAAAAUCUAUGUUUUAAGUAUACAUUUUAUAGACCUAUACAUUAAGCUCAGGAAGGAGCUGGACUUUUAAACAGAUUUUGUUUAAAAAAAGAAAAACUGUGCCUGCAUACAGAGUGGGUGAGCAAUGCCACCACAGUGGCCUUAGUUGCAGUCAUUUUUGUCCAGGAUGCAGUCUGUUUCCACAAGUUGGUUAUGAUCAUACCUUGGGGAAAUAGCUUACGUUUUCCUUCUCUGCAUGUGUAACCGAAGCCUAUUAGUUGGGGUGAAAAAUCCUAAGCACAUUUAGUAGGAGUGGAAUCACACCUUAAAAAAAAAAGUAGGAGGACAGUGGAGGGCUGCCAUUAAAAAUGAUGAUCCUGUAUUGAGUCCCACCCCCUGCCACUACUUAAAGUUACCCACUGUAUGUGUAGUUCAACUUGUCUCAUGUCCCAGUAUCAGUACAAUAUGUAUGUCCCUGCCAAUGGCUCAUCUUUGACUACUGCCAGCAGGAGCAAAUAAUGCACAUUGUAAUGAUCUCAGGUGGAGGCUCAGGCAAUUCCGUACUCCCGUGUUGGAAGCAAGUGCAAGGUUGCAGGGGUGCGAUGUCAAUGGGUUGGUAUUGUCGGGAGGGUGUAUGUGUUAAGCUGAAUGAGCCACCAUCCGCCCCGUGUCCUUUUUUACCUGUAGUUUUUUCCUGGUUUGUUUCAGCUGAACGUUCUUGCAAAUAAGUGUGCUUAGGAUUGCCCCCUCUUUCCUGUGUCAUAGUCAAGUAACAGGACUAAAGAUGUAAGGUUCCAGAGCAAUCUCUGUUACUGAGAAUUUCACUCUGCCUUCAGAUUAAAGUCUCUGUGUUUUAUUUUUCUCCUCAAAGACAGCAUAGAAGCCAAUGUAGAAACAGCUGAAGUCCAUGUCCAGCAAGCAAAUCAGCAGUUGUCCCGAGCAGCAGACUACCAGGUAAAUAUGAGCAGAAGCAACUAGAUUAUGUUGGGAAUUUUCCAUCCUUUGAUUAAAAAAUUGAAGCUUAAUUCUCAGACUUACUAAGAGGCUAGCAAUGUGAGGUACAGGUGACUCACUCUCCUCUAGGCCAUAUUUUUAAUGAUCGUUUUUAAUGCUCUGCUUUUCCAACAAAAAAUCAGAGCAGUUUACAAUCGUAUUAAAAAAAACACAUACUAAACAUUCCAUUUGUAAUAAGGGAGGCAGGAUGAGUUAAAGCACAAAUAUACACCACUCAAAAUCAUGCAUGGACAGGAAUAUCUUUGUACGGUUCCUGAAUGCUGACCUAGAAGGCAACAAGCAGACCUCUUGGUUCCACAGGAUGGGUUGCGGAUGUGUGGUGCUGAAACAGAAAAGGACCCAUCUUUCAACCUCCAAGGCACAUUGCUCCAUCGUCUUCAAAGACAGAUGGGUGCCGGCAACAAUUUAAUCACCAGCUGCCUUAUCUGAAAAAAGUGGAGGGAUCCAGAGAAGGACUUCCAGUGCAGAUAUGACGAGGGAAUUAUAUGAGAAGGUGGUCCUUCAGAUGCUUUGAGGCAUGGCCAUCUUGGGUUUUAAAUCAAAACCAUCACUUUGAAUUACACUCACACACCAGAAGCCUUGCCGGCUCCUUUUGGACAGGCAGAAAGCCUUUGAAGGCAGCUCCAUGUAGAGUGCACUACAUUAAACCAUGCCAUGACCAGAAGAUGGAUAACUGUAGCAAGCAGUUUGUUGCAACUUUUCAUGGAUAGCUAAGUUGGGGAAAUGCAGUUUGAUCCACAGGUGCCACUUGGGCCUUCGAGGAUAAGGCCCAAUCUAAAAGCAGUCUCAAGCAGCAAGCCUGAUAAUGUAGUACAGUAUUGGGGAACAUUUCUCAGGCUGAGGACUGCAUUCCAUCAUGGUCAAAGUUCAGGGGAUGCAGCAAAAGCAAAAAGUGGGUGGGAAUAGAGACCAAAGUGGCUAGAGCAACAAAUGCGACUUUUACCUUUGUACAUUCCAUCAUGGUUAAAGUUCAGGGGAUGCAGCAAAAGCAAAAAGUGGGUGGGAACAGAGACCAAAGUGGCUAGAGCAACAAAUGCGACUUUUACCUUUGUACAGUAAGAGUCGUGUGUUGCAAUCGUAAGAAGGUCAAGAGAUCUCUACACACACAAAACCAUCCUCUCUCCAGGCAAGCAAGAACUAUGAUCCCAGUUCAAGGAUACAUUUCAGCCAUGCAAAAGCCCUUAAGGAAGGGGAAGCCCAGGACUGCUGACCUGAGGACAGCCCUGAGGCACAGAUUGAAAACAUUUAUUAACCGUAAUGACCAUGAACCUAUUUAAUACACUGCACUGAAAUGGAAAGCAAGUGGCUUUGAAGAGGUGUGCUCUCAUUUUUAUUAGACAGACUGUCCCAUCACAUGUAUAGUAUUUAUAAAAACUAACUUUAGCACAGUUGUGAAUGUUACACUCAUCAAACCUACUUAGUUCUGAUUCCCCAGUAGUAAGAUUAUUCUUUUUAUGAGCAGAAUAAGUCAUGUGUAAUCUAAAAAGUUGUUGAGAGAUUUAAGUACCACAAAUUUUAAUAAGUUUCCCUAUGAGUUGGGGUAUUUCAGGUUUUAAAAGCAAACUAUUCAGUGCCUAUAACUUAGUCUUUUCUGUAAAUCUAAACAGUGACUAAGGCUGCAAUUCUAACCCAAUUUGCCUAACAGUAAAUUGCAUUGAAUUCUGUAGGACUUAUUUCUGAGUAGACACGGUUAGGAUUGCAUGGUUGCUAUCUCGAAAUCGCCAGAGACCUCUAACUUGCAAGUUCUCAAUUUGCACUCUGUCUCUCAACGAAACAUGUGAACUAUCUCAGUUUUGGGUUCUGUAGAGUUUUGUUAAUGUUGAGUUUUCUAUGUGGAGGGAAUUUGCUUCAAAUGGAAGAGCAAUAUUCAAACCAUGGGUAUCCCCACCUGAAGUCUGAAAGGUUUAAACACAAUUUUCCAUGCCACUGGUGAGAACUGGAUGGUAGAUCAUCUGACGAUGGAACACUUUGAACCGUUCAGUUCAGGAAUUUCUAUGCUGACAAUCUCCUCUUUUGCUUCUCCACAGCGCAAGUCCCGCAAGAAAUUGUGUAUCCUCAUUCUUGUGCUUGUUGCAGGAGCAACUAUCCUUGGCCUCAUCAUCUGGGGAGCAACAAAAUCAUGAUGUGCUAAAUUACGUAGUAGAGUUUCCAGUCAUGUCUCAUUGUGAAGCUGUUCAGUAAAUGAUGUGCCCAUCUUUAUCACUUCUGCUUUGUCACAAGAUGCAUUUUUAAUCCAUGAGUGCUUCCCCCUCAGCUUGUGUAGUACGAUUAAUUUGAAUUCAUCGCGGCAAUGUAACUUGCCAAUACUCGAUCAAGGUAUAGGCAACUUCUUAUAUGGUGCUUACUACUCUUCUCUUUACCUCCAGGUGUGGAUCUGUUGAUCAAGUAGGCCAGGCUUUCUCUCUCUCUCUCUCUCUCUCUCUCUCUCUCUCUCUCUCUCUCACACACACACACACACACACACAGAGAGAGAGAGAGAGAGAGAGUUGUCUUGCAAGGUCAUUCAGCUGAACCCUUUAGAGGCAUCAUAGAGGGGCUUGUGAGCAGGAUGCAAAUUGUCAAACACACUGUUUGAUAUGUCAGUUUAACCCCCAACUUUAUAGGGCCAAGUUAAUUUAUUGCAACAAUUAAUUCAUCAAUCACUUUCAAUGACUGUUACUAUUAAUCUGUAUCUCUGGACUAAGUGAAACAUUUCUCAUUUCUGAGAUCUCUCUCUCUCUCUCUCUCUCUCUCUCUCUCUCUCACACACACACACACACACACACACACACACAAACAUGGUCCCAAGGAUUUCUUUCCAUAAACUAGUGGAAAUCUCUGUCCACUGACUGACUCUCUGCACAGUUCAAAUCUAAUAACUGGGUUACUGGAGGUUGGAGCCUUGCUUCUGUUGUUAUCUUUCUGACUUAAUCUUUCUGAAACUUUUUUGGAUUAAAUGUGCAGUUUCUGUUUUACAAAAGAACGGUAUCUUUCUCUUCAUAUUUUGAUAUUAAAAACCUGAUACUGGGUAUCAGCAAACUUGGCAAAGGCUAAUCUAGCAAAAAGGGUUUGAUAAUGAUAGGCUGUGUGUUUGUACUUAUCUUUAAAAGAUAAGUCUUUGGAAUACAUUUAAAAAUUAGCUAAGAUUUGCACCUUAAUUUAUGUACUUGUUAGGUAUUUGAAGUUUAAAGUAUACGGGCGAAAUUAAUAUGUAUAGUGGCUUAGCUUCAAACUUGGCUCUCUGAUUUGAAUCUCCAAUAAUGUACACAUUCCUAACUAGAAAACUGUUUUUAGUUGGUUUGUGACUCAAGGCAACACAGCUGGAUUGGGGCAGUGGGGGAUUCACAAUCAUGGAUUUGUAUACUUGUGAACAUCUGGACAAGAUCCCCCACAGGACCAAAGCAGCUGAGAAGAAGGAAGCCAUUUGGAUUGGGAAUACAGCAUGGGGACAGGAUCAACCAUGUCCCAUUUCAUGGCCCCAAUCUGAAGGGAAAAGGGUUUGCCUCUGCAUUUACCCUUUAAAAACAACAUCAGGUGAUCUGGUGAUGGAUAACCUCACUAUCUUUACUACUUUGGUCUUCAUAUUCCUCUAUAUGAUGGUGACUAGUGAAAAUUCUGAGUUGUGUACUGCUUGAAUUCAAGGCUCUCAGGCCAACAUAAACAUCAAACCUGGUGUUUCUGUUUUUAACAAAGUGAUUGAUCCCUCAUUGUAUUAGUAAGUACUAGGAGUCCAGAACAGAGUUUGGAAAGUUUUGACUUCCAGAUGAUUAAGCGGAAUUUAAUUCUCUCAAGUCCUGAGGUUUUUUUUAUUAAAAAAACAACAACUUGAUUAUUAUUAUUUUUGGUUCCAUUUUGUAGUAACAUAUAUUGGAAAAGUUAUUCAUUGUUAUCUGCGAACUAAUCAGGUUAUUUUUUAAUAUAUUAUUGAAGUAAUUAAAAUGUAUUGCACAAAUAUUAUCUCUAGCUUAUACAUCUUUUGUAUGCAGUUUGAUAGAGAAGCAAUGUUUACAUGAGAAGCUCUGAGACUUGUGAUUUGGGGAAAACUGAAAGUAUCUACAAUCUAAAUUUGGAUUGCACCAUCUAAAUAAAGGCAAUUUUGAAAGUGAAUGCUUUGCAGGUUGUCCUUUGCCAUUUAGGUAAAGGUAAAAGGUAAAGGACCCCUGGAUGGUUAAGUCCAAUCAGAG